GGGAGGUUGUGUCGCUGCCGAUCAAUACGGCGCGCGUAUUCACGUCCGUUACGUAAAUCCAAUAUAAAAUGCCAAUGACUUAAUCCGAUCGUUUACUAAGUGUAGUGUUUACAGGAAAAUUAAGUGCUAUUGUGUUGAAAAUGUCCGUGAAGGAUGUUAUUUUGGAAAAAUGUUGAAGACGCUUCGUUCGCGAUGUUUGUUUUGUUUGCUGUGUAUGGCUUUAUAUUUUUGUGUAACUGAUGGAUUGAUAGAAAUUGUUGAAGAACAACGAUGCAAUGAUUUCGAGUUCAGGCUGACCUGUCGAGAUUUGGAUUCGCAUAUAGCUGUACUGGAAGCGUGGUAUACUUCUACAGACGAUUACCAUCGCCUCUCGAACGAAACUCACGCCAGCUACACAAUUAAAACGCAAAAUGACACGGAACUCGACAAAGUGUACGUCUACACUAGUCCGAAACACAACGGCGUGUAUGAGCUAACAAACCAUUCUUUAUUUGAAAAUUACACUAACAUGAACACUUCGUUCGAGUUCGAUUCGAGACUAAAUGAUACAUUUGUGAACGAUACAAUGGAUAGUGUGGAUAUGUCAGUGGAUUUUAUGAAUGUGAGUGAAGGAUGUGGUGUAGUGCCGUAUGCGCGUAGUUACGCAAGUUGGCGGGAAGGUGAUAAGCGACGACGGUCGAUGUCGAGAGAGGCAUCGAUCAAUCUGCGGGCUCCAGUGAGUUACAGAUGUACAGGAGUGAACCACUGCAGCUUCGUGCUGGCAGAAGAUUUCCCGCCAUCAAAGAAGUGGGCACCAGGUGUCGUGUUCAUCAAAUACGCUUGUUUUGAUGAUUCGCUCACAGUCCACUACUGCAACCGCGAAGUGUUUGUAUCCGAACGGGGUGCAGACAGCGAGGGGUACAUCCGCACCCCAGGGUACCCGCAUUUCUAUGUGGGGGACGAGUGCAGGUGGAGGCUGCGGGUACACCCGGAGCAGAGGAUACGGGUCACUCUGCUGGAUGUGAGCUUGAGGAGUGUCGGUCCAUUUGAAACAAACUGCACAGAUUAUGUAGCUGUAAAGGAUUCGAAUGGUGACUCUCUAUACACCAGCUGUGACCAAGUUGACACACCGCUCCGGCUGGUCUCCACCACAGAUACCUUAGAAGUAUUAGUUGAAGCUAAGUCUAAAGGCGCCUUUCCUAAAAGAGGCGUGUUGUUACAUUAUAAAAGUAUAAAUUGUGUUACGUUACAAGCGCCAUCUAACGGCUACAUCGUGUACAGAAAUGAAGACGUAGCCCACUAUAUGUGCAACGUUAAUUAUGUUUUUGUUGAUACGCGACAGAGGGCGCGGAUGUUAUGGUGCUAUGAUGAUAAUAGAUGGAAUGAUACAGUGCCGGGUUGUAUUGAAGAGACGACACCCAGCGUAGUCGUCGCGAACAAUUCUUCACAGGAAGCCGUCGAUAAAGAUACAAAGCUGCCGCACAACGAGGGAAACAUGAUAGUCGACAUCGUCAUCCCGUCGCUGCUAAUAGCUGCGCUAUUCAUCGGCAACGCAUUCAUUGUGCUUAUAAUAUACAAAUAUAGGAAACGGAAAACCGAUGAUUUAGAAGACGAGUUCAACACAAUACCACUGAACGUGAACGGCAACGUGCACAGCGCGGGCAACGCGGUCUAGUCCCCUCGCGUAUUGGUUACACUCGAUAAUGCUACGUCCACACGGAGCCAGACAACCAAAUCUCGGACCUGAUGAACAACUACUGUUGAAUCAAUUAUAUGUCCACGCAGAACUGAUAAACGUCUAAUAACGUCCACAUGGAGCUGAUGAACAACUAAUGGUUCUUCUAAACAGAGUUUAUAAACAACGAAUGUUACAUUCACGCGAAGCCAGUGAAGCACGACAUAUGCCAAAAGGUAAUAAUUGACCACUGUUUUCCACACGGAGCUCUAAGUAAUUGUGGGUCAAUAUGAAUCUUAAUAGGAUUUAAGUAGAACAUUCACACGAUGAGCGCUCCAACUUUUUUAAUGUCAAUAUGAUCGUGAACCGGGUGUGUUACUGUUAGAAUUGCGUAUUCGAUACAAUGGCCAUUCUUCAUCACAGAUUAAUUUUAAGAUCUGUCAAAUACGGAGGUCUAACAAAUUACCUUUUAAGCUCUGUUUGGACGUAGCGUAAAGUAUUAAAAAAAUCUAGCGGUGGAGCCUAAAGCUAUAAGUUUCAUUAUUUAGCGUGAAAUAAGGCUUUUCGAGAACUUCUAAAAAUAAAAGUCUUGCUCUAAUUAAUCUUGUUGGCCUUUGAAAAUUGUCCGUUGGGUGGGUGUAGAUAAAAACGGGCACUUAAUAUAAAUUUCUUUUAUUCUGAAAAUAUCUACAACUGCGUUGUUGUUUUUGCGGCUACUUCAAUAAACGCGUGUCGCCUGUUCAAGAGUUUUGACAAUAAAUUUCCUGAAACUCCCUGUUUUUGUCUUAAUGCAAAAUGUUCCAUGAAAAAUUGUUUGUAAACGCUGAAUUUGUAACCGAUUAAAAAAACAUUAUUCUCGUGCUCUGAGGUUUUUGAUCUCGAUCAAAAAUACACCGCUCUGGGUGUAUUAUGAAUUAUUGAUGUGCCUGAAAACGUGGAAAUGCCUACUCGUGAAUUGUAUUACAUUCGAGUGUAACCUUUAUCCGAAGUCGGGUAGGCUGUGGACGAUCGAUCGCGUGGUCGCUCGUGCACAGCCGGCCUUAACUUAGUUACAUUAUUUAUUUAUUAGAUACCUCAUAGUAGAUCAUCGUCCAAUGUUUGAUGGGAAUCACAUUUUGAUCUAUUUAUUUAUUUAAAGCCACAAAUAUGUUUGGCAUUCAACAAAGUUGGAUCAAAGCGAGGUACGGGAACAUCGAAACUGGUUUUAAUAUUUACCUGAAAUCGUUUUGAAACUUCCAUACGAAUAAUUUAGCUGUAUGUUUGUAAUUUUUUGACAGUUACCAUUAUUUAGUCAGUAUUACAGUCAAAAUGUGAUUCACAUGAAACGAAUCCCUUUAGCAUUUAAGUAAGGACUGAUAUUAUUAAUACUCAGCUACAAAUUGUCUACAGAACGAACCCUUAUUGGCUUUCGGUCAUAAUGCUGUGUACACACGAAAUCAACGAAGGUCAGUGUACACUAGGAUAGGUAUGAUAGGCGUGUUGCACACGAAAUAUCUAGAAAUAUGGCUUGCCCAUAGCUGAAGAAGUUAUCACUUACUUAGAAAAGAAAGAAAAUACUCUGAUGAAGGCGUAGGGCGUAAUAUUUAUGGAGGCGUCUACGAUACUUUGUUUACGAUCAAGUGGCAUUGAAACUUGUAGACUUGUAUCUUUUAAGUUUAUUGAGUAUAGAUACAUACAUUUAUAUCUGGUGAUGUUAUGGAGAAUUUAGAAUUAUGGGGGAGAUGUGAGAAAGCAUUCAUAUAUAUUUAGUGCGGGAAUAGUUCCCAUUACUGAGCUUAUUUCCCUGUAAAAUAAUUUUCUUUACUGGAAAGUAAGCUUACUUUCCUGUCUAUUUAGACAGAAAUCCAUACGACGAAUGAGGCUUUAUUGUUUAUUGUGAUAUUGUUAUCAACUAGAUUUCGCGCGCAGUUUUGCUUGCGUGAGACUUCGUUAAAAUGGCUCUAUGACAUGCUAGCCAUAACCUAUCUAUAAAGCAAUUUUAUCAUUUUUUUACAAUUUGUCUUGAGGAAACAAACACAAAAUACAUAUUAAUACAAACUUCCAAAUUUUAUUUCAUUUAUAGUAUCUAUAUCCAAGUUUUUAAAGCCGAAAUAAGUGAAGCACGCCUCAGGCAAAAAAUCCAGGAAGAGGCGAGUACCUUUGUUAUUUUUGCGUAUACAAGCCAAAGGGGUUCGUUUUGCGAUAGAUUUGAAGCCUCAAAGCAUGAUUCACUCUACACCGUGCCGGGGACGAACCGGGAAGCAAAUGAAAAAAUAUCCAUACACAUUUCAAUGCCGUGCCCCGUCCGUGUACGGUUAAGCUGCAUGAAUCACUUCAUACACAAAGUUUUUUAAGCUAUUGCAUAGCUUCUAUCGCGCGCCUUGAGCGCGGGGA